CGUGGCAUCCAUGUUGACUGGCGGGCGAGGGGGAAGUCCCGAGGCCCUUCCGCCAGGACUAAAAUGGCGGCGGCCUGUUGUGGGUGGAGGUAGUCGGGACGGCCCAGUCUCGGCCAUUUUCCGCGGGAGUCGCAGGUCACCUGAGGCUUUGCACUGAUAGCUAUUCCACUGCCAAAAUGACAUCUUCCACCUCUGCACAAUUUCCAUUACACGAGAAAGCUUGCAGAACAUCAUCUGAAAGAAUCACACAGGUAAGACCCAAGCUGCCGCUUUUGAGGAUAUUGCAAACUGCAGGGGCUCAGGGUGAAACUUUUACAUUAAAGCAGAUCAUACAUUACCUUGGAGAAUAUAUUGUGCUGAAACAGCUGUAUGACAAAGAAGAACAACAUAUGGUUUAUUGUGAAGGAGACCAAUUAGGGGAUCUUCUGGGCCGUGAAAGCUUCUCUGUAAGAGAUCCAAGCCCGGUGUAUGAUAUGCUGAAAAGGAAUGUGACACCUGCUUCUGUCACAGAUGCUGCACAGACACAUGCUCUCGCAAAGGAUCAGAGUGUGGAUAAUCCAAGCCAAGAUCAACUGAAGCAGAGUAGCACAGAGAGAAGUUCUAGCAUUGAAUAUAAAGAGGAAACAUCCAUCUGGUAUACAUCAAAAUCUGGCUGCAUAGAAGAUACAGAUAACCCAUCAAAAGAACAGACUUCACUGGAUAGUGUGCUUGAAGAGUGGGAUGUACCUGGACUUCCAUGGUGGUUUUUGGGGAAUCUGAGAAACAACUACAAGUCCAGAAGUAAUGGUUCUACAGAUAUACAAACUAGUCAGGAUGUAGAUACUGCUGUUGUUUCAGAUACAACGGAUGACUUAUGGUUUCUCAGUGAAGCUGUUUCAGAGCAGUUAGGUGUCACAGUGCCAAUGAAGACAAUUGAUUGUGAACACGCAAAUGAAGAUGGAAAAGAGAAUAACAAAAUGGUAAGUGAAGUUACAUCUUCAGAUGACUUUGAAGAUUCACAAUCCUUAAGUGAUGACACAGAUAACGAUAUUGCCCCUGAGGAUGGUUGGCAAUGCACCAAAUGCAAGAAGUUCAACUCCCCCAUCAAACGAUACUGCUUACGUUGCUGGGCCUUAAGGAAAGACUGGUUCUUUGACUGCCCUAAACUAAAACAUUCUGUCUCCACAUCCAACAUUGCUUCACUGCAAAGUACAGACGAGGCAGAAGGGAUGGAUGUCCCAGACUGCCGAAGAACAGUAUCAGCUCCAGUUGUACGCCCUAAAGACCUGUGUAGUUCAGACGUUACAUGUAGCUCAAGCCCUAAAAGCUCCAUGGAUUCUUUAGAUGUAUCACAGUUGUGUGAACAAAGAAAGCCUGUGCUGCAGUUGGGUAAGCGGAAAGAAAAGGAAGAGGAAGAAGCGCAGUCCCUUGAGACUUGCAAAGAAUUGCUGAAACCUUGCCCUUUGUGCCGGAAGAGGCCACGAAAUGGGAAUAUUGUCCAUGGAAAGACUGCUCAUCUUGUGGCCUGUUUUCCAUGUGCCAGAAUGUUAAAAAAGACACGAUCACCUUGUCCUCUGUGUAAGAAGCAGAUUCAAGUUGUGAUCAAGACUUACAUAUCAUAGCUGAGUCACUUCCUGGGGGCUGUAAAGGAUGCAGUUUGAACAUUACACAUGUAAUGAGAUGGUGCUUACAGUUGUUACUUUUCUGUUUACGUUAUCAAGAUCCCAUAUCCACAAGGACAUGUUCUUAGUAAAACCUCAGUUACCUGAAACCAUGGAUAUGACCAAAUGCCAUUAAAUUAUUUGACUCUCAUGUCCAGCAUACCAUAACGUUGUACUGUAGGUCUAGACAUUUCUAUGAACCAGGGUGGUUGUGUGUUUUCCAGGCAGUAGGGCCAUGUUCCAGAAGUACUGUCUCCUGACAUUUUGCCCACAUCUAUGGCAGGCAUCCUCAGAGGUUGUGAGGUAUAUGAGGAUGCCUGCCAUAGAUGCGGGCAAAACGUCAGGAGAGAAUGCUUCUGGAAUAUGUCCAUACAGCCCAGAAAACACACAACAACCCUGUGAUUCCGGCCAUGAAAGCCUUCAACAACACAUUGAACAUUUCUAUGAACCGUUUUUCCGUGGGCAUAGAUAUGUGAAUUUGUAGUUAUUGUUUUUACAGUUAUGGGAUUGGUGGGGAUGACUUACAGUUUGUCUAUAGGGGAAGAAUUGCAAAAGUGAGGGGUCACACAUGUUCCUUAAAAGGAGGCCUUCUAAUGUGGAAAUAACUCCAUUGUUUCUCCAUAAUGAAGAAUCAUUGUAUUUGCAUGCUGGCCUGAGGGCACAAAAAGAAGCCUAUUUCUACUUCCUUCCACCUUAGUUAUGUUUGUGCUAAGUUUCCUUAUAUGUAUAUGAUGAAUUAUGUACUAACUUGCCUUUUGCACCUUGCACAUGAUUCUUUAAAUGUCUGGAAGUCAGCUAUACUGAUAGUUGGAUCCCAAAAACUGAGCAUUUUUCUGACUGUAAAUUUUUUAUCUACAUAUGAUGCACCCUUGUGUUGGGUGCCUUUAUUUCUAUAUUGGGGCAGCUACUGAAUGAGUAAGAUAUUUGACACUUCGUUAUUCUGUGUCUCUUACGCUCACCACAUUAAUCUUGGGACAUAGUUUAAGCUUUGUAUGUUAUGGGCUUUUUCCCAGUACUCUGUGUGUUGUGUAUGUAUGUGUGUGUAUGUGUGUGUGUGUGUGAGAGAGAGAGAGAGAGAGGGAGGAAGGAGACAAGACUUUCAAUACAGUUAGAAGAAAGAUUAUUUGUACUAAGAUUGUUCCAUGUAUAUUAUAUUUUUCUCUGUUUAAAACUA